AUGGCUGGAAACUGUGGUGGCACCACCAUCCAUGACCUCCCUGAUGUGAUCCUCUGCAACGUUAUCGCCGCCGUGUCAGACGUGCGCACCCGCAACGCCGCCGCCUUGAUCUGCCGGAAAUGGCUUCUCGUGGAGCGAUCCACACGCACCUCCAUCACCCUCCGUGGUAACAUCCGCAAUCUUUUUAUGAUUUCUAACUGUUUCCGAUCAGUGAUCCAUCUCGACAUCUCUCUUAUCUCUCCUUGGGGUCACUCUCUUCCCUCCUCCGUCGCUUCCGACCCCACCCUCAUCGCCCUCCUCCUCAGGCAAGCUUUCCCUUCCGUCACAUCGCUUACGGUCUACGCUCGAAACCCAUCGACGCUCCAACUUUUAGCUCCUCAAUGGCCACAUCUAAAGCAAAUCAAGAUGGUCCGUUGGCACCAGAGGCCUCAAUUGCCACCUGGAUCAGACUUUGAACCUCUGUUUGAGAGCUGCCAAGACCUCCAUUCACUGGACCUGUCCAGUUUCUAUUGCUGGACCGAUGAUAUACCUCCAGCUCUCGGAUCAUACCCACAUGUGGCAACGAAGCUCAGACGGCUCAAUCUCUUGAACCCCUCUUUCCCCGAGGGUUUCAAAGCACAAGAGCUUGAGGAUAUCACCAGAGCUUGUCCAAAUCUUGAAGAAUUCAUAGCGGCUUGUAUGUUUGAUCCUCGGUACAAUGGCUUUGUUGGCGAUCAAACUUUGCUCUCUAUGGUUGCUAAUUGCCCCAAGCUCUCUGUUCUUCAUUUAGCAGAUACACCCUCUUUGUUAAAUACUAGAGGUGACCCCAAUGAUGAAGGUUUCACUCAUGAGGACGCAAGAAUCAGUAUUCCAACUUUGAUUGAGGUUUUCUCUGGUCUUCGUUUACUGGAAGAGCUUGCUCUAGAUGUUUGUAAUAAUGUCAGAGAGAGUGGUCCGGCAUUAGAAGUACUAAAUAUGAAAUGUCCCAAGUUGAGGUCUCUUAAGUUGGGGCAGUUUCAUGGGAUAUGUAUGCCAAUUGAAUCGAGACUGGAUGGUGUUGCUCUUUGUCAAGGGCUUGAAUCUUUGUCAAUUAGGAAUGUGGGCGACUUGACGGAUAUGGGGUUGAUAGCUAUUGCUAGGGGGUGUUCGAGAUUGGCAAAGUUUGAAGUUCAGGGUUGUAAGAAGAUUACAGUGACGGGAAUGAGGACUUUGGCUUGUUUGCUUCGCAAGACUUUGGUUGAUGUUAAGAUUUCUUGCUGCAAGAAUCUCGGUGCAGUCACGUCGUUGAAGGCAUUGGAGCCAAUCCAGGACAGGAUCCAGCGACUUCACAUUGAUUGUGUUUGGGAUAGCGUUGAGCAAUUUGAGAAUUUAGAUGGGGUUGAAUACAAUUUUGAUCUCAAUAAAUUGGAUGAGGGUGGGGUGUCGAAUCAGGCCGUUGGAUUUACAAACUUCUUUCGAAGCACAGACCAUGAUGACAUGUGCAGCAAGAAGAAAAAAUGCAAGUACUCUUAUGAUCUGAAUUGUUCUGAUAUGCAAAUUGGCGAGGGUGGCAAUGGAUUUUAUGGAAAGGUAUGGGACAGGUUACAGUACCUCUCGCUAUGGAUUGCAGUAGGUGAGCUUUUGACACCACUUGCUGCAGCAGGACUUGCAAAUUGUCCCAAUUUGGAGGAGAUACGAAUUAAGGUUGAAGGAGACUGUAGGGAGUGGUCAAGGCCCUCACAGCAUGCGUUCGGACUGAGCUCCUUGGUGCGCUACCCUCGGUUGUCGAAGAUGAUUUUGGAUUGUGGCGAUACAUUAGGUUAUGCACACACUGCACCAUUUGGGCAAAUGGAUUUGAGCCUUUGGGAACGGUUUUAUCUAUUUGAUAUUGGGACUCUGAGCCUCAGUGAACUUGACUAUUGGCCGCCACAGGAUCGGGAUGUGAACCAGAGGAGUCUCUCCCUUCCAGCUGUCGCAUUGCUUCAGGAAUCUCUUACUCUGAGGAAACUGUUUAUCCAUGGAACGGCUCACGAGCAUUUUUUGAUGUUCCUACCGAAAAUCCCAAACCUGCGGGAUGUUCAACUGAGAGAAGAUUACUACCCAGCGCCAGAGAAUGAUAUGAGUACAGAGAUGAGAGCGGACUCAUGCAGUCGCUUUGAAGAUGCACUGAAUAGGCGACAGAUAGAUGAUUGA